CAGGCGCGGCUCCCAUUGGUCAGCGGGCCGGUCAAUCGGCGGCGGGACUCGGCGGCGGCGGAGAUGCUGGAGCGGAGCCUCGUGGUGUCGGCCCCGGGGAAGGUGAUCCUGCACGGCGAGCACGCCGUGGUGCACGGCAAGGUGGCCCUGGCCGUGGCCCUGGACCUGCGGACCUUCCUGCGGCUGCGGCCCGGCGACGGCAGCGUGGCGGUGCGGCUGCCCGGCGUCGGCGUGGCGGCCAGCUGGGACCCCCCGCGGCUGCGGGCCCUGCGGAGCGGCUUCUCAGCUGACUUCGAUGAAUCUAAAUCCCCCAGUGUAGAACAGCUGGAUGCACUGAGAGAGUUUGCUGGAAUCGCUGCUGAAUCCUCAGCUCCUGAGAGCCUUGCUACUCUUGCCUUCCUCUAUAUGUGCGUGGCUAUUUCAGCUAAGUAUGGAGACGUUCCGAGUGUGGACAUAAUCGUGUGGUCCGAGCUGCCCACGGGAGCUGGGUUAGGUUCAAGCGCUGCCUAUUCCGUUUGCUUGGCGGCAGCCCUGCUGACCGCGUGCGGAGCCAUCGCCUGCCCUCUGGCCGAGGGGGAGCCCACGGCCAGGUGGACAGAAGAAGAGCUGAGUUUAAUUAACAGCUGGGCCUUCCAGGGCGAGCGAGUGAUCCACGGCAAUCCCUCGGGUGUGGAUAACGCUGUUGGUACUUGGGGUGGAGCCCUGAGAUACCAAGCAGGAAAAAUCACAUCAUUAAAGAGGGUGCCGACAUUGAGGAUCUUGCUGACCAACACGAAAGUCCCUCGAAGCACCAAGGUCCUGGUGGCUGGUGUCAAGGACAAGAUCCUGAAGUUCCCUGCUAUUAUGAACCCGGUGCUGGACUCCAUCAACGCAAUUUCUCAGGAGUGCCAAAGUGUUCUGGAAGCGAUGCCUGGAAAUCCAUCACCAGAGUAUUACCCUGUACUGGAGGAGCUGUUCGAUGUAAACCAGCACCACUUAAACGUGAUUGGAGUCGGCCACCCCUCCCUGGACCGCCUGUGCCGGGUGACGGCCUCGCACGGCCUGCACAGCAAGCUGACGGGCGCCGGCGGGGGCGGCUGCGGCAUCACCCUGCUGAGGCCAGACACCUCCCUGCUGGCCGUGGAAGCAGCCAAGCGAGACUUAUGUGCCUGUGGAUUUGAAUGCUGGGAGACCAAUAUCGGGGCCCCCGGCGUGACCCUGCACUCCUCCUCAUCUCUAAAAGCAGAAGUGCUGCACGCGCUCUCCAUGAGCUGAGCUUGUGCCUCUGGCAGAGCCGAGCUCUUGGCACCGCGUCCUUGGAGCGAUAGAUGUUUGUGCCCUGGUGCCUGGAAACUUCUCCCUGACUCUUCUCUCUCUGUGGUUGCGGGUCUCUAGACUAGGUGCGGAGCCAAGUCCAGGCCUGGUGUAAUUGGGUGUGGAAACUACAGUGCGGAUCGAGGAGCAACUGCUUGCACUUGUACUAGGUGCAAAUUUCACCCAGCCUCUCAAAAUCCUGUUUUGAAUUUACUUACUGAACUGCCAAGCUAAUCUCAAGGGGCAGGAGAAGAGGGUCUUGGCUGGAUUCCAGCUCGGAUAAUGACACUUUGCUUGGUUUCCCGCUUCGGAUGCAUGUGGUGCCUCUUCCCUUCUCCCUGGGCGUCUGCGAGGGCGCAACGAGGCUGGGGUGAAAAGCAGCUUGGCAGCUCAGGGCUUGACACUCAGGUCUCCAUCAUUCCUGCUGGACUGCAGAGUGUGGAGAGAGAACCUUUAAAUACAGCUCUUACUUGCUACUAAUUAAGAGUUUGGAUAAUUAAAAUGGAAGAAACAGUACAAUUCUAAUGUAAUUAUCACUGUUUUCGCUCUCUCCUAUAAUCUCUGUUUCUGUCCAGGCUGAUAAACAGGGUCUGAAACUCUGGUUGCUGUUCACGUGCUCAGGGUCUGGUUCAAACAACUGUCAUCUGCUAGGAGGGUGGUUAAAGGCAAAGGGAUUCUUAACAUUUCUACUCGCUGUAGCUAUUUGGGGAUCUCUUAUGCUUCAGUCAUGAAUGAGCACGUUCUUAGCCCCUUAUCUGUUGUUGGGUAUGUAAAGGGUUAUCUAUCAGGGUAGGUAAAAACUGGUGCUUGGUAACAGAGCAAACACAAAUUUGCUUUAGUUUAAAAUAAUUUUUUUUCAAGUACAGUAAACUUUUUCCUCUUCAAAAAAGGCUGACCAUAAUUUGCAGCUGACAAACUAUAAAACCUAAGUGUGUUUAAACUUAUCAGACUAAUGUAGUUUAUAAUUUUGAAAUUUUAAUGAGUCGUACCACUGAACUAGAGGCAGUUGGCAGGUAAGUGUCUGAAACCAGAGGAUUUUGAAGGAACAGGCUGACUCUUAGUGGCUGUGGUCUCUUCUGUACCUGCCAAAGAGGUAUUUGUCUCUGUUUUGUUUGCCUGGUUUUUCUAAGUGUAGCUCUGUUCACAAAGUACUUUAUUCAAAGCUGAGUGAUACAUUGGCAGAAGUGGGAAGCUUGCCUUCCUCUUCCAGCACAGGAAUAAACAGCCAAGUGCAAGAAGCUGAGACCUGCUAGCUCUAAAAUCUUGGCGUCAUGAUGACCAGGUUUAGCUCACUGAUCAGAGAUUUUAAACUGUCUCUGGUUUUAAUAAAUCGAUGUUUUCUAAGUGUAAAGUGUUCUUUGAUAAUUAUGCUGGAUACAAAAGGAGAAAAGUACCUUACACUGCUUCAGGAAAAACAGGUUUCAAAUGCUGGUUUUCUACAUGUCUAAUUACAAUUCCAAUUUGCAUCCCAGAACAGCUUUACACUAAUCACAAGUCAAAAAGCCUAAUAAAUAAUUUACCAUUUCCUAA